AUGUCUGAUUCGGACGACUAUAUGUCAUCAAAGUUCCUAACCGAACCUCCACCUGAACCUUCACCAUCUCUAACCUACUCUGAACGACGUCGUCAGAAAAAAUUAUCAAAUAAAGGUUAUAAUAAACCUCGUUUUGAACUUGAAAAGGAACAUCGUGACCAAGCUCUCGCUAAACGGAUUGAUACCGAAGAGAAUGAAUCGCCGGGUUUGAAAAUACUUAAAAAGAUGGGUUACGAGCAAGGCAAGGGUUUGGGAAAAGAUCCUAGCAAUAUUGGAAGGACGGAACCAUUGAAUAUUGAACUGAAACAAGACAAGCUUGGUUUAGGUAUGGCUACUGAAAUAAAGCAUAAAGCCCAGGUUGAACUCGCCAAAGUUGCAAAACGAACGAGAGUUGAAGAGGAUUCGUUUCGUGAACGUGUCCGUCAAGAAAAACUUGACAAACGCGUGAAAGGACAGCUUAGAAAAUUACAAACCAUAUGCGAGACAUUGGACACGAAACAUGGAAUCGAGGAUAAUAUUUAUUGGCGACAUGAGGAGACAAUAGACGAUGAGUUAGAGAACAAUAACGACGAGGACAAAAUAUUAUUUGAAGAGCAAGUUGUAGAAGAUAAAGAAGACCAAAUUGAAGAGAGAAAAGCCAAAGGCUUUGAAGGUCUUGAACCUCGAGAGCAACUAGAUUGUGUUUUGAGGUACUUGCGAGAAAAGUAUCAAUAUUGUUUCUGGUGUGGGUGUGAAUACGGGAGUGCUGAAGAAAUGGAUCAGGAAUGCCCUGGUUAUGAGGAAGAGGAUCAUGACUAA